UCGACACAGAAAAUAACAUAAUACCAUCACACACACUGUGCAGUCAGGCAUUAGAGAGAAUUUUCUGGUUUUCUUUAUCAUCUGAGACUUAAAAGGAUAGUUGCUGAGGAUGAGGGUGUUGAUACUCUCUCUGGUUUUACUGGCAUCUCUGGGGGCCUUUUAUUGCGUCCCUGAUACAGCACUGCCUCUGGUUUCAGCCGACACUCUCAAACGCCUGUCUAUCGAAGGCGAGAAGCUGGUGGAUCAGGAGGUGAGCAAGGCACUGUAUGGAAUCAAACAAAUGAAGGAGGUGAUGGCCAGAAAUGAGGAGAAGCACACAAAUCUCAUGAAUUCUCUCAGGCAUAGCGGGGAGAAGAAGAAGGGGGCAGCAGAGAUAGCCCAUGAGGUAGUAAAGAAACUAAAUGAAGCCGAGGAGCAGUGUAAGGAGUCUCUUAAAUCCUCCUGGGAGGAAUGCCGACCUUGUCUGGAGGACACCUGUAAGAACUUCUAUAUCAACACCUGUCGCCGCGGCUUCGCCACCUUCACUAAUAAAAUACAGAACUUCUUCCAAAGACUGAGCUCUCGCUUGGGUCCUCGUGAUACUCAGGAUGAGGUAGUGUUGAACCAGAGUGCGGAGAAUCCUGACCUGGAUGUGGUGAGAAUCAAGGACUCCUUCAACAACCUCCUCACUAAGGUUGGAACCCUGGUCAAUCGCAGCGUGGUGCUGGUUUCCCAUUUCCACCAUGAGCUGGACCAGGCUCUGCACAAAGCCUUCAGCCCUAAGCUCCAGGAGGACAGGGGAAGUGAGCUGGGACUCAAGCCUGCCAACAAAGCCCUGGAUUCUGCCUUCCUGCAGGGGGUGGGCCUGGAUGAUGUGCUGGAGUCCUUCUUUGACUUUGGCAGAAGUGUGCUGGAGGAGUUUGGGGCAGUGGUCACACAAGUGUUCAGCGACCUUCAUGAAACUGUGAAGGAGACAGAGAAAGGGAGAGAGAAGAACGUCUUCCCCCUGUUCCUACAGAACAAAAGACUUUGCAGAGAUCUACGCAGGCAAUCCUCAGAGUGCUGGCAGCUACAGAGCAAGUGUGAGGCCUGCCAGGGAACCUUAUUGACUGAUUGCCCAAAUAUAAAGGAGCUGCAUGUGGAGCUUGAUGAGGCUUCUCAGCUUUUGGAGGUGUCAAAACAGCAGUAUGAGGAGGUGCUGGACAUUGUGCAACAUCAUACUGAUGACACUAUCAACUGGCUCAGCAACAUGGCCUCUGACUUUGGUUGGGUGACCGAGUUUACCAACAACAACACCACCCCUGAGAACAUCUUCAGCAUCGCAACGGUUGUGGCACAGACUGAAGAGGGCGACAUCACCCAAGCAGCAGACACUCAAGUGGAAGUCAAUAUCCUAAACUCCCCCACUCUCACCCUGACUGUACCUGCUGAUCUCAAGCUGCAGGAUCCAGCGUUCAUCCAAUAUGUGACACAGGAGGCUCUGGGCAUGUAUAAACAGAUGGCCAGGCAUGAUGAUGUGAAAUGAAACUAGAAGUCUCAUUUUCAUCCCAGCACUAACCUGGACACACAAUCUUAUCCUGUUAAAAUUAUGUCUGCUCAUAUUCUAUGCAAUGUUUAUUUAAAAUCAAUGUAUAUGUCUCUUUGUUUCAUCAUUUAUUUUAGGGUGUCAUCAUGUAACUGCAAUUAAAUUGUGUAACACAACUGGUGUUAAAUUACCUACAUAUCAAGAUGUCAGUCCUAUCAGAAAUUAUUCACAUUGUGAUUGUCAACAGGUGUAUUUUUAACAACUAUUCAAUAAUAGAGCAAGUAAUUUACUUUCAGUGCAAAACCAUUUGAUUAGUUGACUAUGUAAAUGUAUUCACUUGGGGAAAAAUAUAGACAAUAAA